AUGGCUGACAACCCGAGCGCUGCGUGGCCCUUGGCCGACGAGGCACUAUCCCAGAAGAUUCUGGACACCGUCCAACAAGCCUCCCACCACCGCCAGCUGAGAAAGGGCGCCAACGAAACGACGAAAACUCUCAACCGCGGCACCGCCGAACUCGUCGUCUUGGCCGCCGACACCUCUCCCCUCGCCAUCCUCCUGCACCUACCCCUUCUCGCAGAAGACAAGAACGUACCCUACGUCUACGUCAAUUCCAAGACAGCUCUAGGGAGAGCAUGCGGUGUGUCGCGGGCGGUUAUUGCGGCGAGCAUCACGACCAACGAAUCUAGUGAUUUGAUGCCCCAGAUUCGCGAGUUGAAGAAUCGGGUGGAAAGAUUGAUGAUCUAG